AUGGUGGUCGAGGUGGUGCUGGAGGUUUUGGAGGUGGUGGUGGUGGUGGUGGAGGUGAUGGUGGAGGUGGAGGUGGUGGAGGUGGAGGUGGUGGAGGUGGAGGUGGUGGAGGUGGUGGUGGUGAUGGUGAUGGUGGAGGUGGAGGUGGUGGAGGUGGAGGUGGUGGAGGUGGAGGUGGUGGAGGUGGUGGUGGAGGUGUUGGAGGUGGUGGCGGUGGAUGUGGUGGAGGUGGUGGUGGAGGUGUUGGAGGUGGUGGAGGUGGUGGUGGUGGUGGAUGUGGUGGAGGUGGUGGUGGUGGUGAUGGUGAUGGUGGUGGUGGAGGUGGUGGAGGUGGUGGUGAUGGUGGAGAUGGUGGAGGUGUUGGUGGAGGUGUUGGAGGUGGUGAUGGUGGAGGUGAUGGUGGAGAUGGUGGUGGAGGGGGUUAGCAUUAAAGCUAACACUGAUGUCACACAUGUUAACUUCCAGAGGAGAAACUGGACUCCACAGGCCAUGCUCUACCUUAAAGGGACCCAGGGGCGCCGUUUUAUUUCUGAUGACCAUAAAGAAGACGUCUUUGACACGCUGCAUUUAGAGACCCGGAGUCAGGACACAGAGAAAAUGAACGAUGAUGAAGCCUCCAGCAUCCUGCUCAACCUGCUGCAACAGGCAGGACAAGGAGUCGAGGAGCUGCCUGCAGAGCUGUACCUACAGGAGCUGCCGUUGUGGAAGAGACAGUACUUCUGA